AUGUGUAUUAAUUUUACCUAUGGUGGUGCAGGAACUCUUAAAUCGACAAUAAUAAACUUCUUAGUUAAGUUGAUUAUUGUCGAUUUAAAUGUUCCUGCACCACAGGAUGUCAAUCCUGCUAUUAUCGAUAGCCAAGAGCAAGCGUGCAAACUGUAUAACUUUAAAGUUUGGAAAUCAUCCAAAAUAUCGAAUAAGUAG